GUUAUGAUCCCAUUUGAUGUGGAGGAGUAUAUAGCCUUUUCCCGGGGCCGUGUUGAUGAAAUGAAAUCUCUCCAAUUUUCGAGCGAUUUCGGUGAGGUUGAGGCCUGAGGGACACCUCAAGGAUUGAUUGGGGGAAUGCGAAUUGCUUCCCGUCGAACAACAACAUUCUUUUCAGUGAUUCGCAUCUCCACCAAUCUCCCCUGAAUCUCGCCUCCUCUGAUCCUCCUCUAUCGAUCUCGCAGCCGGUCCUCCUCCUCCUCCUCUCCGCCGCAGCAUCUCAAUAUCAUCAGUUCAACAUAGGAGUUUGCACUGGACAUAGUUAUAUUGUUCGAUGCCAGCAGAGUGUUGCUGGCAUUGAGAAUGAUUCGGCUUGUUACUGAAACUCUGAUGGGUAUCUAUAAUAAAUCGAACUCUAGUAGAGCCCUUGAAGGUCUGCAUGGUGUUGCUGUGGUGCCUGGUUCACAACAAUUCGCCUUGGAAAAGGCUUCACGAGAUGGGGAUUUUUCUACAUUGAGUUGUGGGAGUUCAUCAGCUUUAAGUGUGAAUCAAUGGGUAUGGGAGCAGAGACCAUCCUGUUUGAGACCUGUUGGGGGUUGUAUACAAGGUGAUCGGAAUAUAGCGGAGAGGGUGGCUAACGUGCUUACCUCACUUCCUUUUAUUGCUCUUGGAAUUCAGGCACCAAGGAAGAAUUUCCCAACGAGGCUAUAUGCUAAUUCAUUGAUUGGAGUAGGAGUUGCUUCAAGUUUAUAUCAUUCUUCCAGAGGAAAAUUGAGACAAUACCUAAGAUGGGCCGACUACACAAUGAUCGCUACAGCCACGGUGUGCCUGACAGGAGCUUUGAGAAACGACAACCCGAGGAUGUUGAUGGCUGCAUCUGCAUUUCUAUUGCCUUUGAGGCCCUUUACGGUUUCAGCACUUCAUACUGGGAUGAUGGAGGUAAUGUUUGCAAAAAGAGCUUUGAAGGAUCCAGAUUUGAGGAUGGCUCACAACGUGCAUAAAGUGUCGACGCUGUUAGGUGGUGUUCUUUUCGUUGCUGACGAUGCUUUUCCCCAAACUCCGUUCAUUCAUGCAGCUUGGCAUCUUGCUGCUGCUGUUGGUGUUGGAACCUGCAAUAAGCUUCUUGAGUGAUUAAUUGUGUUCAUAAUACAGACAUAAAUUUGUCGACGCCUCAGCCUCUUGCUUUCUUGGAGUAGUUCUCAAUUAUUUUUCUUUUGAAUGGGAUUAAAACACCGACUAAGUGAGACACGUUAGAACAUCAAUAUUUGAACUUCAUAACACUAUUUUGCAUUCAUUUUAGUGGGAAAGCUAUGGAGCGGUUGUCUUGAAAUAAUUUUGAAUGUCAAGUGUUCAAAUGAAACUUUUUGAAUCAA